GUAUAUAAGCCGUCUGCUACUUCCACUAUCGUAGACAGGAACUACCAUUCGAAUUAGUUGUCGCCAUGUUGAACAUUCAUGACUACGUGACCAUUCCUUUGCCUGCCCUGCCACAGACACAGGCUCUGGACAGCGAGACGUUCAAGCCUCCAGUCUUAGAUGGUUCUCUCACCAUCACAGAAAUGUAUGAUUGGCAUUUUGACCAUACACCCAAUCAUCCGAUCUUCAUCUUUCCGCGGACCGCAGAUGGCGCUACCAGCACCAUACUGUGGCCUGAAGCUGUUCGUGCUAUACGCAAGGCCGGCAAAAUCACCCUUUCACGCUUCCAGGAGAAAGACACUUUAUCAUCGUCCCGUAUUCCGGUGAUUGCUACCUUAGCUGCUUCUGACACAAUUUCCUAUUAUACGACGGUUAUGGGGAUAGCGUAUGUGGGCUAUACAGUUUUCCCAAUGUCUCCGCGAAACUCCGCCCAAGCAGUCGCACAUCUCAUACGUGCCGCUCGAGUCACGCAUAUAAUUGUGGGGGCUGAAAAAAUGUUCCACGAUCUUGCAGCAGCAGCUAUAGAGUUACUACGCCACAGUGGAGACCAUGCUCCUCACGUCCAUGAGAUGCCCUUUUUCGACAAGCUUUACAGCCACGAAGAAGGAGAUGAAGAUCUGCCGAGUCAGGCGGUCAAGUCAUCUUUAGACACUGUUGUGUUCAUACUCCAUUCUUCUGGUUCAACAUCGUUCCCUAAGCCAAUCUUUUGGACUCAUUUACAUCUCCUGCAGUGGGCUUCUGUCCCUUAUUUUGGUGAACGCGAUUUAACUGGUGUAAGGUUUGCGUCUCCUGGGAUACCAAUGUUCCAUGGAAUGGGAAUGUUCCAAACUGUGUGGACGGCUGCGACUGGUGUGAUUAUCACCGUAUUUGAGCCAAAGUCGCCUGCGAUUGUUCCUACCCCAGAAGUCGUCUUUAAACACGCCGUUGAUACAAACAGCGAUCUGAUCUUCUGCGUUCCCAGUUUCGUGGAGGUUUGGUACGAGAACAAGGAGUAUGUGAGCUGGCUCUCCAAGAAGCAAGGCGUGCUUUUCGGUGGUGCACCGUUAAAUAAAGAAGUAGGCGACGCUCUAAGUAAGGCUGGUGUUUCUCUGUUCAGUCUUUUCGGAACCACAGAGAUUGGCAUUGUUACCUCUGUUCUACCUAGAAAACCCUGUCCGGACUGGCAGUAUAUCUGUGUUUCGAAACUCAUGAAAACGGAGUUCCUAUUCAACGACGACGGGAAAGCAGAGCUAAUUAUCCACCCUCAUGCAUAUCAUGUCCCCGUUGUAACAAACGUUAAGCGGGGAGACGUUGAAGCAUAUGCAACCGGUGAUCUUUUCACGCCUCACCCGACAUUACCCGAUUACUGGACGUACUACGGUCGGGCGGACGAUCAGAUUGUACAUAGCACGGGCGAGAAAACAAAUCCUGGCCCUCUAGAAAACAUCCUUGCGCAGGAUCCUCACGUACAGAAUGCAAUUAUAUUCGGUAGCGGCAAGUUCAAUUGUGGAGUACUUAUCAACCCUGUGGAGGCGGAUAAGUUUGAUGUCACAGACACGGAGAAAGUAGCAGACUACAGGAAUAAGAUCUGGCCGACUGUAGAGCGUAUGAAUCUCUAUGCACCCCAACAUUCUAGGAUAUUCAAAGAAAUGAUAAUCAUUGCGUCGCCAUCAAAGCCAUUCGUAUUCACCGCGAAGAACACACCCCGUCGUCCUUUCCUGAUCAAUCAAUAUGAACCCGAAAUCAAUGCUUUGUAUGCGGCCGUAGCCGAAACCACUCAACCUGACCUACCUGUUCCCUCGGAAUGGAAUAUGGCAAAUACUUUGAAUUUUGUGAGAACUGUGGUCGCAAGGACGCUAGGUAAAACUGUCGACGACCAGGACGCUAUAUUCCAGCAUGGUGCUGAUAGUCUUCAAGCCACUUGGAUCCGAAAUUAUAUCUUCCAUGCAGUCCGAACAUCUGCUCAGGUGGAUACGAGAAAAUUUCCAGGAAACCUUGUAUACCUGCAUCCUUCCAUCUCUGCGCUUUCAACCUUUGUGUACGAGGAGAUGGUUUCAUCGCAUCAAGAAAAUCGGGACGUCUCUGCAAAUCAGUGCCAGGAAAUGGAAUCAAUGGUUGAAACCUACAGUCAAGCAUUCCAGAAUCAUGUGCCUUCCACCGAAUCGAAUGCAGAGGACAUAGUAUUGGUCACAGGAACGACCGGUGGAGUUGGAGCUUAUAUACUGGCAGAAUUAUUGGGUACUGCCAAAGUUUCUAAGGUAUACGCCAUCAAUAGGAAGAAUAAGACUGUACUGCUCGAAAGGCAGAAGCUCGUGCUUGAAAACGUCGGGUUGGAUCCAGCUCUAGCGUCUCAUUCAAGGCUUGUCUUAUUAGAAACCGACAUCAGUGAGUCUGGCCUUGGACUAAGCUCGGAGAGACUCGAGGAGGUGCCUUGGCCCGUGGAUUUUAAUAUCACUCUCGCCACUUUCCAACCUCAAGUAAAGGGAGUUCGUAACCUGAUUGAUUUUGCACUGUCAAGUUCCCUACCAGAGCCUCCUCGUUUUAUAUUCAUGAGUUCCAUUGGAGUAUUUCGCAACCUCAAAACCGCCAAUCCUGUUCAGGAGACAGCUGUCGAUAGCUCCAUUGCUGUGGGUUCUGGAUACGGCGAAUCGAAAUGGGUAUCAGAGAGAAUAUUAUUGAAUGCGGCGGCAGAAACCACGUUACGUCCAAUCAUCAUUCGACUUGGCCAACUUAGUGGCGGUUUGAACGGCUAUUGGAAAGAGAAGGAAUGGGUUCCUUCCCUUAUCCGUUCUAGCAUUCAUUUGAAGUGUCUUCCUGCACUCGACCAGCGUAAUUGCCAGUCCGUUACUUGGAUACCCAUGGCUGUCGCCGCGAGGGCCAUCACUGAAAUGCGCAAUGCUGGCGCUCCAAUCCUUCAUGUCGCCCAUCCGAAAGGGACGCCGUGGUCGACGAUAUUCCAACACUUCUCAAAAUCACUUAACGUCCCGAUAGUACCAUACAAACAAUGGCUGGAUCUUUUAGAAGAUUCUUCGCUGCACUCCAAAAGUUCAGCUCCGGCGCGAGAGAAUCCAGCAUCGAUUAUUCUUGACUUUUUCCGUGCGGCAAAGCCUUCCACAGAAGAGGCCAUGGGAUUACCUCGUAUGUCCAUAAACGAGGCGCAGGCAGCAUCCACCGUGUUAGGUAGUGGUAGUUUAUCAGCACUCGGCGCUUCAGACGUGGAGUUGUGGUUAAAUUACUGGCGAAAGACUGGCUUCCUUCCCACUGGCAAGUGAUAGCUUUGUGGAUCUGUAUCUAGGUUUCAGUACUGCUUUUACCAUGGUGAACUGCGGACUUUUGUGUAUCAUAUACGUAAAACUUGAUCCUUGCUACAAAUUGUAUUCCCAAAACACU